UCGAGGGACAUUUGAAUCAUAAAAUAAAAUAAUAUAAAUACUCAUUUACUUUUCCGUCACAUUUGAGAUAGUGUCAGUUUCAGGUAUAUAGUACAUAUAUCAACUACAUUCCGCCUCGUAGUCAGCUUCAGUUGCUUUGCUAAAUUUGAAACAUUUUCUCAAAAUGGCGCCUGAUUUAAUAGAUCGUAUUUUGAAAUUAAAACAAUUACUAUCCAACGACAACGAAGAACAGCCAUCCAGUGAUGCCAUCAAACAAUUCAACGAAACAUCAAUAUUUUCACAAAAUAAGAGGUGCAUGGGGGAGACCCUUUUAUUGAUCAGGCGCAUGUCCGAAAAGUACGGGGGAUCCCAGGAUAAUGCUGAUUCGGAAAAGAAUAAGAAUUCCGAUGUGUUGAACAAAUGUUCAGGGAUAAUGAAGCAACUUCAUAUGAUUCAUCCGUGGGAGGAAGGCGAUGAAAUUACCCAACAUGUACAACAAACCUAUCAGAUGCAGCUUAGUUCGGUUCUUGAUGAGCUGGAGAAAAUGGUCGAAAAUCCGCCGGAGAACCCUAACCCUCAGCCAUCACAUCCCAACCUAUCCCCUGAUGAGUUGGCCAGUCUUAAGAAAAUAUUGUUAAAGAAAAAUGCAAUUCGGCAACUGCUGGAAGUGUCUAACAAGCUAUUGCUUUUGAGGGAGGCUCUUGAGGACGAAAAGGACAUGUCGGCCCAAAAAGAAGAGCAAGAGGUUCUGGCACAUGACCCUACGAAUUGUCCCGACGAUACCAAACGUGAAUUGGAAUCAGACAACGAGGAUAAGGGAAGUCCCAGAAGUCCCAGGAGCGUGUCCUCAAAUGUGAAGCGUAUUUAUAAAAAUUUACUUUAAAGUAUUGUUAAAAUCUUAAAUCUUGAAGUUAGAAAGAAAA